CCCCUACUUCAGGGCCAUGUUUACAAGUGACAUGGCGGAAAGUCGUCAGAAGACGGUUGUUUUACAGGGUUUGGAUGCAGGGAUGUUUGGGGAGAUCCUGAGUUACAUCUACUCGGGAACCCUCCAUGUGUCCCUGGACAAAGUGCAGCCCCUGUACCAGGCAGCCGACCUCCUCCAACUGGACUAUGUGAGAGACACCUGCAGCAGCUACAUGGCCAUGAACGUGGAGCGCUCCACCUGUGUGGACCUGUACAAGUUUGCUGAUGUCUACUCUGUGGACAUUGUCCAAAACCGUUGUCUGCAGUUGAUCCAUAGAAACUUUGUUGAGGUUGCCUCCAGCAGGGAGUUUUACAGCUUGAAUGUGAAUCAGCUGACUGAGAUAAUCAGCCACGAUGAGUUGGAUGUUAAAGCGGAGACAACAGUGUGGGAGGCUGUGGUGAGAUGGGUGCAGCACAGCAAGGAAGACAGACUGCACCUCUUACCAAGCAUCCUCCCUCACAUCCGCUUCAACCUGCUGACCUCAUAUGACAAGGCAGGCAUCUUGGAGCACCCCCUUGUCAAGGAGAAUGCAGGGAGUUCUGACGUCGUCAAGAAUGUGGUUCAGAAAGAGGGCAAAACUAAACUUAAUCCAAGACUUGGGAUGACCAUGGAAAUGGUUCUGCUAUACAGCUCGAUCCCGGGUUCCAAGGAGCUCAUCUUUAUGAACCCUCAGAAAGGGAAGUGCAUGAGCUGUACUUACAAGCCAGAAGACUUUCAUGAUUUCAGAGACAUGACAGUCACAAGUGAUAACAAUAUCUAUAUCCUGCAAACUGAGAUUUUAGAGGAUAACGAUCAGCUGACCCUGCGUAAGUACAAACAUGCAGAAAACAUGUGGGAACAGGCAGGUGUGUCCAUAAUACUAAGGGGACAUGAAGACGAGGAACACCUUGUUGAAGUUGAUGGGGUUCUGUAUUACAUUGCGUUUGAUCCUGAAGACGACAGACUGUUGCUGCAGAUUCGAAAGUACAACCCGCACACCAACCAGUGGCAGGAGUGUUCACAGCUACAACUUGACACUAUGAAUGACUUUGCUAGAACUAUAUACUACCAGAAUGCAAUAUUGUCCUGCGGUCCAAACCUGUAUUUCCUCAUAUCCGCAGAAAUGCACUGCUAUGACCCACGCGUGGACAGGUGGUACCGGCGAACUCCUCCGAGUAGGUUUCCUGAAUUCAUUACAGCUGUUACCAUGGGAACUGAGAUUUUCUGCACAGAUAUUGACUUCAGUGUGACUAUGCUGUACGAUACAGAGUCAGACUGCUGGCAGGAACUACAAGGAGGGCCUUAUCCAACUAACCUUGCUCUUCGUAGUGUUCCCAAAUUUUUCGUACUGGAGAAUCAGCUGCACAUACUUUUCACCUGUGGUAGUGACUCCCAGGGACAAGGAGGAUACAAAAACCUGGUAUAUGUGUAUGACAGGUCUGCUGAUGCCUGGAGAGACUUGAAGGCAACCGUGCCUAAUACAGAGUUUUCUACAAAUAGUUCUCAUUGGCCUAACGAUUCCAGCCUUGGAUGUUUCGGUAGUGAACGGUGUGCUGUAGAUCCUGGGAAGGAGAUGAACAACACUGGAAAUCCUUGGAAGGAGAUGGACCGCGCCGAUCACCCUGGGAAGGACAGUGACAGCAGGGUGACAAUGAGAACAACCAUGGGCCUGCAACAGGCAACGUGUGAAUUGAACUUUUUCCAUCCUGACAACACAUCAACCUCACAGGGAAGUACCCUAGGCCCAUGUCAUGUACCUCGGUCAUUUCUCCCAGCUCAGGGUGUUGGAAAACAGACAGGUGAGACGCACUACAUGUGUGAGGUAUGUGGAUCCAGGACGGCUAGAAAAUGUAGCUUAGCCCUACAUAAGAGAACCGAUUCGGAAGAAAUAUCUUUCGAGUCUGACCAGGAUGACUAUUCUGAGGCUCAAAAAGGCCAUUUGGACAAUCACCGGAUAGCAGAAACUAGUGUUGACAAACCCUCCAUGUGUGAGAAGUCAACCUACAGCCCACCUGAGGACCCCCCGCACAGCUCGUACCUUUGCCAGGGUCUUGUGUUCUCGGAUUACUGUGACGUAAUCUGUGACGUGGGGUACGUACCGGAAACGGACGACAUCCAGGGUUGCAGCUGGACCGGAAACUGGACCGCCUUUCGCAGAGAAAACGCGACAGAGAUGGAAAAUGCUGUAUCUGCAGUUUAUGAAAGCUGUGCAGCCCUCAUGAAGGAUGAUAGACAUACCACCUCAGGUAAUUACACCAUCGACCCAGAUGGACCAGACUUCGGGGCAGAACCAGUCUCUGUACAUUGUGACUUAGAUACAGGUACCACGGAGGUCGGCCAUGACAGUGAGAGCCGCAUCGUGGUAAGUCCUAGAUGCAAUCCACCAGGGUGUUACAAAAGGAAGAUUAACAGUUGCUAUCGGGCCACACUGGAGCAGCUCAGCGCCUUGUCCGCCGUGUCUCGCUCCUGCAAACAGUUCUUCAAGUAUGAUUGCCACCAUGCUAGUUUGGGAGCACCUGACCUGAAUAUGGCCUGGUGGAUCUCCCGUGACGGAAAGGAACGGUAUGAUUGGUAUGGCUCAACCAUCAAAAGACACACGUGCAAGUGCGGGGAAAAAGGUACAUGUGCAAACGUAACCAGCUAUCCUUCCUGUAAUUGUGACAACAACGACUAUGCUUUGCGGGAAGACUCCGGCUAUACUACCGACAAGCACACCCUGCCCGUCAUAGAGCUUGCUUUCGGAGACACUGGUGAUGACAAUGAAUAUGCACAUCACACUCUGGGGAAGUUCAUGUGCGAGGGGACGAACCACUAAUCACCAUAUUGCUCAUGUCAACUCGGUUGGGGG